CCCCGCCCUCCCUCCGGCAUCCUUCCGACAAUGGCGCCCAGCAGCAAGAGCUGCGCCAGCUUCCAAUAUGUCGUCACCACAACGGGGCCCAAGAUUCUACCCGUCGAAGAGCCGUUCUGCAAAGACGAGGAGAGUCCUGCUGAAUAUAACUCGGGGGGCUAUCUUCCGGUUAAAGUCAGCGACACAUUCAAGAACGGUCGCUACACGGUGGUGAGGAAGCUUGGAUGGGGUCAUUUCUCGACGGUAUGGCUGGUCAAGGAUUCCAACACAACCCGCCAUUCUGCCCUCAAAGUCGUCAAGUCCGCUGGUCGGUACGCAGAGACGGCCCGCGAUGAGAUCAAGCUGCUUGCACGCGUGGCUUCUUUUUCUCCGACACAUCCCGGCCGACCACACAUUGUGUCCUUCAUGGACUCGUUCACACACCAUGGGCCAGAAUCUACGCAUAUUUGCAUCGUCUUCGAACCGCUCGGUGAAUCGCUUCUUGCGUUGAUUGACCGAAAUAGGCGGAAGGGGGUUCCUCGGGCGCUUGUUAAGAUCAUCUCCAAACAGGUACUCCUCGGGCUUUCCUAUUUGCACGACGAAUGCGAUUUGGUGCAUACGGAUAUCAAACCGGAGAAUAUUUUAAUAUCCAUCCCCGAUGUCGAAGCACACAUCUACAACGAGCUUGCACACUCACCCUCUCCGACAUGCCGCCGCGUAGGCGUGCCCCCUGCCACGAAGUCGCGACCUUCUGUGUCCAUACCGCAGCAAUCGCGGACAACGAGACGGCAGGUACAGAUCUUCGAUUCACAGCCGCUUUCGAGUCCUCGCAGUGGAGGUCCGGGCUGCAACAGCGGCCCCAGCAGCGUCGCUGGCAGCUAUGUCUCUCCAGUUCAGCUAGCCCACGCAGCCAAGUACGGCAGUUUGAACGGCGGCUUCAACGGGAUGAGCACGAGCGCACCCAAGAUCUCUAGUGGAUUGGCGGUAUCCGCACAACACACAUUGUUUUCGAAGUCAAAUCCAGUGACGGCGGCGUCCUCACAAGCCAACUCACCCACGUCUCCAGCAUCAUCCAUCUCUUCCACUCCCUUCACAUUAGCUGGAUCCAUCGGCACACCUCCCACAUCGCUUUCAAACUCUUUCGGAAGCGCGAUGCUCGGAAUAGCUGCAGCGACAAAGGCGACUUCGAAGCCCACAUACUCUCCUCCAUCCGGUCCAGAUCGGGUUGGGAUUCCGGUCAAGGGUAAAGGCCUGGCUGUUGAGCUUCAGGACGCUUUAUCAUCGUCCUGGAAGGAUAAGCUUGGGUUGACCAAAGAGACGCCGAUUUCGAUCUCACAUCAGUCCACAUCGUCAGUAUCGAGGCUGAUCCAGAAUGCGCACAAGCGGUCUAGCUCUGGCGUCUCGGUGUCUGGCUCAUGGAAAGAUCCCGGUCUGGCCGCUCCAGCUCCAGCUGUUGUUGUGUCGGCUGUCGUCAGAGCUGAUGGAGAACAGCAGGGCGACUAUUUCAGCACAAGCAGCAUGAGCGGAUCGAACGUGACGCCGUCAUCGCAGAGCUCGACGGCCACAGCGCGGGCAACCCCAGCCAGCACUCCUAUUGGGACUUGUGCCAAGUCGACUGGGUUCGAUGAUGCGACGGAGGCCACUGGCGAGAAACCGGUCAUGUCUGCCAAUGCCCAACCAUCUCUCCUGUCUCGAACCGACCCUAGGAACCGCAAUGCGCCGACUGCGGUUUCGCAAUUAUCAUUACAGAUGCAGUCACACCGCGAGCCGAGUAAACCCGCUGUUGUUGUACCACCAUCCUCUUCCCCUUCCGAUAUCACCUCUACGACGCCGACUGGCGCCAGUUCCUAUCCAACGAGUCCCCCGCAUUCCCACAUCAGCAUGCCGGGUCUUGCUCUCCCCAAGCCAAGGCCCUCGACGAUCCCUGAACUCUCCAUCAAAGUUACCGAUCUGGGCAACGCAACCCCGUCGAAGAAACACUUUACGGAGGAUAUCCAAACUCGACAGUACCGAUCGCCCGAGGCCAUCAUUGGCCGCAGCGACUGGGAUGCUCGAGCAGAUAUCUGGAGUGUGGCUUGUUUGGUGUUUGAGCUGCUGACGGCUGAAUUUUUGUUCGACCCUCAAAGCCAAAGCAACGCUUUCACCAAGGACGAUGACCACAUGGCCCAGAUCAUCGAGCUGCUGGGCGAUCUUCCGAUGGACAUCAAGAAGGGCGGCAAGUACAGCCAUGAUCUCUUCGACUCGCAUGGGUCGCUGCGGUACAUCAAGUCCUUGAAGCCUUGGCCGUUGAAGCGGGUUAUGCUGGAGAAGUAUCUCUGGUCCGAGGCCGAUGUCGGUGUGCUGUGCUCCUUCCUGCUGCCGAUGCUGGCCGUCGACCAACGGCGUCGGGCACAUGCACGGGACAUGCUCGAUCAUCCGUGGCUCGAGGUGACGGAUGCGGACGACAUCGUCGGUGAAUGGUAAAAACAUAUAUUUUUAGAUCUUAGACGGUUCUCCCCUACAUUAUUGCGUUCUGCUAUUCU